AUGUUUAUCAAAUAACUUUAAUCAAAAAUAUAAAUACGCUCAGUAUCGAACGUAUCAGGGCAUUCAAUUCAAAGAUUUUCAGGGAUAGUAACUCCUUAAAGUAAUACAAUUAAUGCUAUUUGGGACAUUAAUCAAAUUGGCCAAGAAUUGGAUUGUCAUGAUGAUCCAAUUUUGAACGAGGCUUUGCAGCUUAUCAAUAAUCACCAAAUUAAUCAAGCGAUUUUAAUAUUAAAUCAAAGUAUAAUUAUUGAUCAUAUAAUUGUAGUGGUUUCAGAAGGGAAAAAAUAUUUGGGCUAAUAAUCUCAAGUAUAAUUGGUAAUGAAAGUUACAUUAUUGGUUGUAUCAAGUGCUAUGUCAAUUUUAGAGAAUGAUCCAGCUUCAGCAUUGCUGCUGCUUUUGGGCUGUGAUUAGAUGUUUAAGGGAUUGACACCAAAAUAAUAAAGUUAUCUAAGAGUGCAGAUUCUAAAUGGACUUGGCUGUUAUUACAGAAGAGUGGGAUAAUUGGAAAAAGCACUAAACGAAUUGGAAUGCGCUUUGGCUUUAAUUAAAAAAUAUGGUUUGAAAGAGGUUGCAGUGACCCACCUAAAUUUAUCUGUCGUAUUAUCUCUGGUGGAAGAGUAUAAUUUAAACUUUAUUAGUAAUUAGACAUGAGGGUGCUUUAGAAAAUGCUAAGAAGGCAGUUACCGAAAGUCAUAAAGAAUACUAAUACUAUAUAAAAAAUCAUGUGUCCAUGCAAGCAUUCAAAUUUCAACGAUGCGUAAGUUCCUUGGCCAUCUCCUUCUACAAUGUCGGAGUUUAGGAAUAAUAUUUUCAACGAUAUUAGUUUGCAUUACAAGCCUAUGCAUCAGCAUUCAAAGUAGCUGAGGAUAACUUGGGAAUUCAUCAUUAUCUAACAAUUCAACUAAAAAACAUAUAUGAAGAAUUUGCUCGACAAUUGGCAAUAGCAGAAGGAUAAAAAAUUGCCAUUACAUCUUUAAAUCACAAAUUCCAAAUUAGAGCAAAUGUCACAAGUCAAUAUGCUCAAAGUGUCUUAAGGAGCAAACCCUCAGACACAGUCAAAAAUGUCACCGAAAGGCUUUUUCAAUCAGAAUCCAAAAUGUCAGGCCAUACCCUUAGACCAUAAUCAGCCAUUAUGAAUCAAACCCAAGUUCCUAAAUUAAAAUCAUUUGAUUUCACUCGAAGAGAUGCACCUACUUUCAGAAAACAGUUGUCUGCUACCAAUCGCACUUUAAAUCAAUUUAGUGAGGAAAAUGCAAAGGUUGAAGUAGAGAAAUUAGAAUAGACUAAGUCAUUGAAACAAUGCAUCUAAAAUUUAUAAACAGUAAUAAUUCAUUAUAUUAUAUAAGCAAGCAUAAAAAGAGCAAGAGGAAUUGAAAAGAAUUCAAGAUUAAAAGUAAAGAGAGUUAUAAAAAUUAGAGGCUUUUCGAUAUAUUAAUUAAUAGAUUCAGUAGUAGAAAUAAUAAAAAAACUCAAACUAAACUUCAAGAGAAAUGAAGGCAUCAACAGAUUAGAUGAAGUAACUUUUUAAUACAGAUCCAUAAAUAUAAGAAGCCUUAAAUGAAAGUGAACCAUAGCCUUUAGUUACUAUAUAAGAAUAAAACAGAGUGACAAAAACAGAGGAAGAAAACUAAUUAAACCAUUAAAUUAAUAAUAAUGAUCAAAAUUUAAAAUAAGAGGUAAAUAAAGAAGAAAAAAGAAUGUCAUUUACUACCACUCUUGAAUAAAAGGGAUUUUAAGAUGAAACAAUAUAGAGUUCAACAAGAAAAUUAGAAUUUGAAUAGGAUUCAUCUAUCAAAAACAAUUAUUUUUAAUAAAACAUGUCUUGCAAGCAGAUUGAAGAUUUAGAAGAAAUAACAGAAGAAAUCAAUGAAGUGAAUUAAUAAUAAUAAUAAUAAUAAUAUUAAUAAUAAUAAUAAUAAUAAAAUCAGUAGAAUGUUGAAAACUAAGUUGAGGAAAUAAUUCAAGAAAAAGCUAAACAAUUAGAAGAAGAACAAAAAUUACAAAAGAUAUAAUAUAUAUAAAGUUGUUGGAAAAAUAGUGUAAGAAAAUUUAAUGAGAGAAUUGAAAAAUUAUAAUCUAAAUAUUCAAUAGUCACUUAAAAAUAGUACUCUAAACUUAUAGAUGAGAAAAACAAUCUUCAUAAUGGCAUUUUGUUUCUAGGUUUCAAUCAAUCCGAUAUUAAUUAUAUUGAUGUUGUGUUUAUAGAUUUUUACACAUUACGAAAAUCUUAGAGGAAGUGUUCCACUUUAAAUGAAAAGUUACAGCACAUAUUAAUUUUAACACUUUAAUGUACCAUUCCAAUAACUAAAGAAACUUUAGAUGAUAUUGAAACCAGGUUAUCAUAAUUUACUCAAAUCAAUUAAUAAUAACUCAUUAUUCAAAGUAAUUUGUUAGACAUUGAAAUAAAAUUAAUUGACAAACAGACUUCAUUAAGGUUUGAUGUUAAUCAAUUGAAAAUUUAUGAAUUUUUUAUUAAAUUUGAAGAGAGCAUUUCACACCUAUAGCUGCCAACCUCUAUCGCUGAUAUUUAAUCAUUUAAUACAGACUCAAUUUUUGUAUAAAAGUCAGCCUAAGUCAAUUAAGAAUUAAAUCAACAGCCUUUUUAAGAAAUCCCUUUAAUUGAGGAGUAAGUUGUACAAGAAGUUAAUUUCGAAAAAUAGCCUAGUGAAGGAAAUACUAAAUAGGAACAAUAAUCAGCAGUCGAAGAGAUUCAAUUUAGUGAGGGUCAAUAGGAAAGUAAAAAUGGAAGCGAUGAUGUUGAUAAAGUUAAUAAGACUGGAUAAUUUAAUAUUAAUGUCUUUUCUUCUUAAAAAUUGCAAUCUUAAUAAGAUUUAGACAAGGCUACUGAGGAGAUCGAGGACAAUGAGGAAUAAAAGCAACAAUAGAUUUAAACGAAAGAAACUAACUAAAACCUAGAUUUUACAUUAUAAUAUAAUGAAAGUAGUAUGAAUAAUUCUGGGAUGGAUACUUUGAAAACUAAUGAAGCAGAUAAUUAUUAAAAUUAAUAAGGAGACAAUAGUAUUAAAAAUAAAGAUAAAGAUAAACCUUCAGUUAAUCAAACGAUUAUAGAGGAGGAUGAAGAAGAUCAAAAAGAGGAGUAAAAGAAAAGUGAAAGUUCAGCUCCCAAUUCGAAUUCAGAUUUUUAGGUAGAAUCAAAAUAGAAUCAAGAUUAAAUGAAUUAAUAAUAAAACAACUAAACUUUUUCAGAUGUUAAAUCUCAGAGUAAUUUUCUUCAGGUCCCUUUGAAAGAGCAUAAAAAUUAUAGUAAAUAAACCAGUUUGUAAUUGCCAGAUUUGAUGAAGGAAAACAUUGAUUCUGAUUAAGAAAGUAAUUAUUUAUUUAAUAUUUAGUUUCACUGACAAAACCGUAUUAGUAUGAAUUUGUAGGUGCAAUCUCUGGAAUCAAUAAAACCAAUGGGGCUUUAAUAUUGAUAAAUAUCCUUAUCAACAAAGAAUAGUAAUUAUUUUAGGCAAAGGCAGAAGUUGAAGAUAUGAAGGUUAAGCCAACUUACUUUAAGGUUGAAAAUGUAGAGAAAACACUUAAAAAGCCAUAGAAGUAUUUAAAAGGAUAUUUAGUUCAUUGGAAAAAUGAAAUUGUCUUAAAAGUUUAUACUAAAGCACAUGAAAAAGCUGUACUUAAGCUUCAAAAGAAGUUCAAAUUUGAUCAUUAUAGAAGGCUUAUAAAUUUUAAAUUAGCCAAAACUAACAUAGAAGGUGGAUUAUAUGUAGGUUCACGAAAGUAGGUAAUUUUUUUAGCAAUAGAAACAAAAACUACUUAACAAAGAAAUUCUUAUACAUUUAGGAAUGAAAAUUACAGUCAAUUUGUGAAUAAAAUCUCAUUUAGAGUAUUGAAUAAUCUUAAGUAUUCUGAAGAUAAGGGGAUAUACUUGUUGUAAGAACCACAACACAAAAUUAUAGCUUAGAAUCUAUAAGGUAAAUUCAAUUGUAAUUUAAGCUAAAAUUUUUAAACUGCUAAAACCAAUGAAUGCCUUUGAAUUUGUAGGAUUCGGCUUAUUAAAUGGAAUUUACGAUUCAGUGCACAAAAAAAUAAUCAUAGCUAGUGAUAAUCGAAAGACUUAACCAGCUCAAGUUGAUGUUCCUAAGUCAAUACAAGGUGACGUAGUUGUACCUUUUUCACAAAAUUUAUUAAAUCGAGUACUUAUUUAAGGUUAUGAAUAGUCUUUUAUAAUUUAGAGUAAUAAUGAAAAUUGUGUAAUUUAUUAUGAAGAAAAGGAUGAAAACUAUGUAAAGUAUAUCUAAAAUGCAAUUUUUUAAUUUUAAACAAUUAGAACUAUGUAAAUUGAAUAUUAUCAAGCUUAUCAAGGGCAAAUUAGAAAAUAGGAAGUCAAAGUUGAAUUAUAAAAAAAAAUCAAAAGAAUCUUUUGUAUAAAACUCUAAGAAAAAAUAUAUAUGAUAGGUAGAUUAAAAGAUAAUGAGAUUAAAAAUUUGAAAUAAAACUUUAAAAGAAUAGUAAGCACAUUCCUAACAAAUGAGAGUAACUAGAUUCAAAUAGAUAUAAACUCCUUAAAGGAAUUCCUAAAUGAGGAAGGAAAAUUUGUGAAGUUGUUAAGAAUGGAUUUAAAGGAUUUUGUUUAUUAAAUUUGA